GGAAUCUGAUGAAAUUCUCUGAUUUAUACUUGAAUUUAUUUCUGCAACUUCUGUAAAUUUUUCAAAUAGCUACGUGAAGAAGCAUUUGAUCGAUUCAAACGUGUAGAAGCGUUAGUCAGGGAAGGAGACAUGGAGAACAUCUAGGACAUGGCAAACAAAUGCUGCAUCCUUCUCGUACCGUGGUUGCGAAUCGUCCCCACUCUACAUCUCACCCGGAGUCCUCUUGUCCAUGCACUGUCUUCUUGUCCAUGUUUCAUCGGCGCCCAAGUUGGAUUCGAUAAGGAUAACGUGUAAUAAUUACACACGGCGAAAUGAACACUAGCCUUUCAUCUCGCUGUGUGUAAUUACUACACCUCAUCCCUAUCGAAUCCAAAGGUGAUGUGCUAGUGUUCAUCAUCAAUUCUAAUGUGAUCUUCAUGGACCUAGAGUAAACUAAGAAAAUUUAUCGUAGAAUGUCGAGGAAGUAAAGUGGUAAAAUAGAUUCAGUACUUCGAUGCUAGUCCAUAGCAUUCUUUUCUUUAUGUUAGAAGAUC